CCAUCUCUGCAAGCCGAACCCGCACUCCCUUUCCAGCACUGGUUCCCAUGCGAUCAAAAAUAUUCGUUAAUUAUUUUUAAGAUUGCCUCAAAGAUGUCUUUUUUACGCAGUGCCGCUGGUCUACUGGCUCGCGCCAAGCCUCUGGAUGGCUCCACCACAGUGCAAACACGGCGCCACAUCAAACGUUGGGUUUCGCCGACGUUACGUGAACUCGCCCACCGGCAGAAGAAACUGGGACCGCAGAAACCGGAGGCCCGUUCCGGAUUUGUGGAGUGGAACCAACGCUCGGAGCUGUUCGCUUUUGGCAAGCGUUUGGGUGAAUCCUUCGAGCAGUCCCAGCUGCAGCGUGCCUUCACAGAGAAAUCGUUCGCUCGUCGAGAGGAGGAGCGCCGCCGGCAGCUGGGCAUUGAAGAGGCAGACCUCCACAUGACCGACAACAGCGAUCUGAUCGAGAAGGGCCAGCACAUCGCCCGCGCCUACGUGGAGGCAUUCCUGCUACACCAGCUGCCGAAGGUUCCAAAAGAAGGUCUCCAGGCAAUCGCCAACUUUCUGCUCAGCACCGAAACACUGGCUCACGUGUCCUCUCACCUGGGCACCAAGGAUUUGAUUCACUCCACGGAGUACCCACCCUCAGAGGAAAGUCUGGCGCAAUCCCUGCAGGCGGUUAUCGGCGCUCUGGCGAAUUCCAGCGGCAUCGAGAGGGCUUUUCUCUUUGUCCGCGACUUUAUCUGCACGCAGCUAAACCAAAAGGACCUGUUGGAUGUUUGGACACCCCAGGAACCGUUGCAGCUGUUGGACAAGAUAUGCCAGGAGCGAAAGCUGGGCGAAGCAGAGCCUCGGCUGCUCGGAGAUUGCGGCAGAAACACUGUGCUGGCGGCGUACCAAGUGGGCAUCUACGCUAAUCGUCAGCUACUGGGCAAGGGAUUCGGCGAGGAUCUAAAGACAGCCACCGAAACGGCGGCCAUCGAUGCCUUGCAGAGCAUCUUUGAUACCCACGAUAACCGACGACCCUUCGACUUUUCUGUACAGCUAGAGACCAAGAACGUGCGAUUGGGCUGAGAAACGGAACGGGAUCUGCGUCCUAGUUGAUUAUUGUAAUUUGCACUAAACACAUGUACGCAUGCAUUGUCAGAGAA